AUGGCUUAUUAUCACACCAAGAUAAUCGGAGAUCGGUGUUCAGGGUUCAAGGUUCAGGAGUUCGGGGUUCAGAGUUCAGGGUUUGGGUUCGAGGUUCGGGAAUCGGGGUUCAUGGGUUCGGAGUUUAAGGGGAAGACACAGGUGAUGUUGAAUGAUAGGAGACACGAGGUUAUCGACGUGUUCCUGGCAGUUGAACGUGAGAGGGAUGAUGAGACAAGAGACAAGAGACAAGAGACAGGAGACAGGCGACAGGAGACAAGAGACAAGAGACAGGCGACAGGAGACAAGAGACAAGAGCAGGACACAGGCGACAGGGAGACAGGCGACAGGCGACAAGAGACAGGAGACAAGAGACAAGAGAUAGGAGACAGGAGACAGAGACAAGAGACAGGAGACGAGAGACAAGAGAUAGGAGACAAGAGACAGGAGGCAGGAGACAGGAGACAGGAGACAAGAGACAGGAGACAGGAGACAAGAGACAAGAGACAAGAGACAGGAGACAGGAGACAGGAGACAAGAGACAAGAGACAAGAGACAGGAGACAGGAGACAAGAGACAAGAGACAAGAGACAGGAGACAGGAGACAGGAGACAAGAGACAGGAGACAGGCGACAGGCGACAGGAGACAGGAGACAAGAGACAGGAGACAGGAGACAAAGACAAGAGACAAGAGACAGGAGACAGGAGACAAGAGACAAGAGACAAGAGACAGGAGACAGGAGACAGGAGACAAGAGACAGGAGACAGGCGACAGGCGACAGGAGACAGGAGACAAGAGACAGGAGACAGGAGACAAGAGACAGGCGACAGGAGACAGGAGACAAGAGACAGGAGAUAGUCCUCGUAGAAGUUGUAAAACACAAGGAAGAACAGUUUUUUGUGCCAGAAGUUCUCGUAGCGGCUGUUGGUCAUCAGAACAGGCAGUGCACGUCAGCCUCUGCCCUCGAUGCAGUUGGAAGUGUUCGGGAAAGUAAUGAGAACCAGUUAAGGCAAUAUGUCACCUCCUUAAUAUAG